GCUGAGGAGGCGAAGGCGGCUGACGGGAGGGCCCAUGGCGGAGACGGAGACGCCGAGCUCGUCGCUAGUGGCGGCCGUGCUGGAGGCCGUGCAGCGCUCCUCGGGUCGCCUGGAGAAGGAGGGCCUCGGCGGGCGUAUCUCCCGCCUCUCCGACCGAGUGGAGGAGCUCAAGGGCGAGGUUUGCCGCAUGAUCAACGAGCGAUAUGUGGAGUUCCUUCCCAGCAUGCAGAAUGCCAAAGAGUUGGAGUCUGAAGCAGCGAAGCUGUCCAGCAGCAUCGAUCAGUUGAAGUCUAUGAUCGAGACAGAGGUGCAGCAGGACCUGACUGUGGCCAUUGCGGAAUUUACAGAGCUGAAGCAGCAGCUGGAGAGAGACACCCUCAUCCUGAGUGUGCUGAAACAGCUGCAGGAGUUUGAUUCUGCCCUACAGCAGUCCAGCGCCAUGUUGACGGAGAAGAAGUACGUCCCUGCGGCACACCACUUGAAAAAGGCCCAGAGGUGUCUGAAGCUGAUGGAGUCCCGUCGGGGCUUUGAGCUGAAGAUUCUGAGGGCGUUCCACAUUGAACUCGUCACGCAAACCGAGAACCUCCUCGGCGUUUUGGGAGAGGAGUGGCAGCGGCUGGCUGUGUGGCGGCUUCCUCAGUCAAAAGAACCCGGCAGCCUGGAGUCGGCCUUACAGACAGAGCUGCGCCUGCACAGAGCGCUCCCCGGGGAGGACGCGGGGGUCGGCCCCUCCGCUACGUCGGUGCUGCGGGGGCUUGCAAUCCUGGGCGAGCUCCGCUACAGGUUUAAGGUCUUUGGCCAGCUCCUGCUGAGCUACAUCCUCAAGCCAUUGGUCUGUUACCCGUCGUUGCAGCCCGCACUGCAGGAGCAGUCCAAUGCCGUCGCGCUGCGGUUAGAGUCUGUGGGCACCCCGCCGGGGCCCCCAUCCCCCGUGGAGGUGUUCGUGAAGCUCCAGCUCGUGCUCGAGGUUCUCCACAAGCAGCUGUUGGCUGAUCCCCCCGACCCCCGUUCCGAAGACGAGAGUGACGCCGGGCCGGUCUUGGCGGAGGCGCUGGGCGAGGCCAUCUGGAAGGAGCUCUCCGACUGCCUGACGUACCACUGCUUGGUGCAUUCGAUUCCAAACAGCAGCAGCAAACUUGGGCAGUACAUCGAGGUUAUUAACGCCACGGAGCAGUUUGAGCGAGCCUUGAAGGACAUGCGGUUUUUAAAGGAGGAUUCCACGGACCUGCUGACGUAUGCCCGCAACGUCGAUCGCCACUUUGCCGAUAAGAAGUGCCAGGACGUAAUCGUGACCGCGAGACACUUGAUGAUGGCGGAAAUACACAACACGGUCAAGGUCACCCCGGAGCCCUCGGAAGCUCUGCCUAAACUGCCGGACCCUGCAGCGGGCGACCACUCCGACGCAGUGGUGCUCUUCAAGGCACUUCCUGUCCAAGGGGGGGACCUGGAGACCAAAGCCCGGCUCAGCCCCCACACCCUUUCCUUCCCCACCUGCUGCAUCAGCGAAUCCGUACGGGAACUGGUGGCGCUGGCUUACCAGACGCUCGAGGAGGCCUCGGCCAGCACCGAUCAGUACAGUGCCCAGCUCUUCUAUCUGGUGCGGAACAUCUUCUACCUGUUCUGGGACGUCGUGCCGAUGUACCACAAGGAGAAACUUCAGAAGCUCCCCCAGCUGGCCGCGAUCCACCACAACAACUGCAUGUAUAUCGCUCACCAUCUCCUGACCCUGGGCCACCAGUUCCAGGGGCGCCUCAGCGGGCUCCUGUGUGACGGGACGGCCACCUUUGUCGACCUGGUGCCGGUCUUCAGGAGGCUCGGCACCGAAUGUUUCCUAGCCCAGAUGCAAGUGCAAAAGGGAGAACUCCUGGAGAGGCUGUCGAGCGCCAGGAGUUUCUCCACCGUGGACGACGAGGACAGCUACGCCGCGGCAAACAGAGCCGUGCGGCAGGCUCAUCCCAGCGAACUGCCCGGGUAUCUGUCCCCCCGGGCCUCCCGUCCCACUUGCUCAUUCUGCGUCACCUUGCAGGAUAUCUCCGCCGAGAAUGCGGACAGGCUGUACGCGCUUUGCCAGAUGAUGGUGGCGGAAGGGCCCCAGGUGUUUGUGCCUCUGCCCGAGGAAGAGCAGAACAGGCGCUUCCAAGAAGAAGUCCCGCUCUACGUACCGAAAUGGAUGAUGUUCAAGGAGCUCAUGUUGGUGUUGCAGGCCAGUCUCCAAGAGAUCAUGGACCGGUGGGCAGACAGCAAAGGACCCCUGGCUGCUGAAUUCUCCCCGAGCGAGGUGAAGAAUCUAAUCCGAGCCCUGUUCCAGAACACAGAGCGGAGGGCGGCUGCCCUGGCAAAAAUCAAAUAGCUUCAAGCAUCACUUUUGUACCUGAAAACGUCUUCCAGGAAGCCCAGCGGUCAGCCUGGGCCACAGCCCCCCCCAUGGGAUUUGACCGUACCCCCCACACACGCACACACACUCGAAGACCUCUUCUGGCUCUGUGUGCAGGUACUUCCUGGAGACCCAAAGAAAGUGUGUGGGGGGGUAAUCACCGUCUGAUGCAAUGACUGGGGGACUGUGGUGACCGCACCUCCCGUGCCCCCUCACCCCCAAGAUAGGUGCCUGACGAUGCAGGGUCCCAGUCUGUUUGCUACUUGAAGGGAGAUCUGACUUGUCCUGUUUUAAUUCCUGGGCAUCAGAAGGGUUUGUAGAUCUUCCCAAUGCUUUCGUUUCCUGCUUUGGCUAUUUGGAGAACUGCUUUGGGCCCAUGAGCUGCAGCACUCCCUCUGCCCGGGGGGCUCAGGUGUCCCUUGGUUGCGGGUCCAGAUAGACAAGCAUCUAUGCAGCUUCUUUCGAGGGGAUGCACCCUUUGCAUUCUGUACCUCCUCUCUCUCUCUCUCUCUCUCUCUCUCUCUCUCUUUCUUUCUCUCUCUCUCU